AUGGCGAAAGAAUAUGAAGAGUUUCCUUACGAGAUACAAGAUGUGGAGCCGGAGCUGGCUGAAGAGCUUAUGAAACAUUCUACAGAAAAAACUGGUUUCGUGAGAGUAGGGCCAAAGGGUUACUUUUUUCCAACGAAAUUCAAGGAGUUUGCGCCGAGUUUAUACAACAUGGAAGUGCGAGAGGAUGAUAUUUUCGUAGUUACAUUCCCUAGAUCUGGGACGACCUGGACCCAGGAACUGGUUUGGUUGCUACAAAACAAUUUGGAUUUUGAAAAAGCCAUCAAUACGUCUUUGCCUACGAGAUUCCCGUUUGUAGAACAUACUAUGCUAAUUCAUCCAGAAUUCGAAAAGAGGAUGUACGAAAAAUAUAAAGAUGACAAGGAAAAACUAGAGAUCGCAGUAGCAAUCCAUCAGUCUGGCAUUAAGAAAGUCGCUGACAUGCCGUCACCACGCUUCAUCAAAAGUCAUUUGCCCCUGUCUUUGCUACCACCUUAUCUAUUGGAUAAAACUAAAGUAGUGUACGUAACAAGAGACCCAAGAGAUGUGGUGGUCUCGUUACACCAUUUUUAUCGGUCAAAUACAAUUGUGGGCGCGCCAGAUGAUUUUAAAGAGUUUUGGAAAUAUUUCAUUAAAGGACAAGUUUAUUUCGCCCCAAUUCUUGAACAUGUCAAAGAGGCGUGGAAUAUGAGACACCAUCCAAACAUGCUAUUCAUCUUCUACGAAGAGCUAUUGCAGGAUUUACCAGCGAUGAUACAAAAAAUUGCAAGUUUUUUGGGAAAACAUUAUACGGAGGCUCAAGUAGAGCAGCUCUGUGAUUACGUCAGCUUUGAUAAAUUCAAAAGAAACCAAGCCGUCAACCUUUCAAUGAUUAGUAAGGUUGAAAUUUUUAAUGAUCCAAACAGUUUUAUGCGGAAAGGUGUUGCUGGGGAUUGGAUCAAUUAUUUUGAUCAGCAAAUGAAAGAGGAAACUACCAAAUGGCUUGAAGACAACUUAAAAGACACAGACUUGGUUUAUCCAUCGUAUACU